GACCCUUCCUGUGGUGCAAUCGCCUCUUUCGCUGGCAUUACGCGUGAUAACUUUCAAGGCAAACAAGUUCAAAGGUUGUCGUACGAAGGAUACGUUCCGAUGGCAGAAAAAGAACUCCGAAAACUUUGUGACGACGCCCGAGUGGAGUACCCAUCAGUCCAGCGUAUAGCGGCAGUACACAUUCUCGGUGACUGCCCCGUUGGUCAGGCUAGUGUGAUUCUAGCCGUUUCUAGUCCACAUCGCAAAGAAGCUAUUCAUUGCGUAGAAUUUUUGAUCGACGAACUUAAGGCAAGGAUACCGAUUUGGAAGCUGGAGGUUUACGAAGGUGACGAUGGGAGCGUC